CAACAGACACGAUGAUGAUUCUGAAUGCUUUCAGUGUUUUCCUGCUUUGGUCUCUGGGCGCAGCUUGGGAUCAUAAAGUCCUUCAAAUUAAUUCUUUUCAAAAAGUGAAAUUUGGAGAAACGGUGGAAAUGAGGUGUCACAUUUACAGCAGUGGGAGAAUCAACGUGUGGUACAAACUGACACACAACAGGAGAUUAGAGCUGCUCGCUUCUACUGAUGUCUUGUUAAAUAACAGUACAGUCUCUAUAAAGUUGAGAAAUCGUUUCUCUGUUAAGUUGUCCCCUGUGGUCAGUACUUUGAAGAUAUUGAAUGCAGAGUGGGGGGAUGAUGGUACGUACUACUGUGGAGUUUUGAUCCUGAAAGAUGUGACGUUUGGAUCAGGAACAGCUCUGGUGGUUGAAGGAGAUUCAAAGCUCAUGCAGUCUGUGCUCCAGAGUCCAGAAUAUAUCAGAGUGCAGCCAGGAGACUCUGUGACUCUCAGCUGUUCAUUUAACACCAGCCUCUGUCCACAAGAACAUACCAGUGUCACUUGGAUUAAAAGUGGUUCUCAAACUGUUUCAUGGAACUUUGAGAACACCAGUAUGAACUGUGAGGACGCUGGAGAAACUUCAUGUGUUCAUAACCUGACCCUGACAGAAGUUGGUUCAGCUGAAAAUGGGACUUUUCUCUGUGUGGUGACUGCCUGUGGAAACACGAUGCUUGGAUCUGGAACAAGGAUAGAAAUGUACAAAAAUCAACUGGUGCAUCUGAGUCAAAGCUCCAUCGCUCUGAUUGUGGCUCUGAUUGUGGUCUCUGUUGCGUUCGUGGUGUCUGUUCUUGCCCUGGUGCUCGUGAGCUGCAAGAAGUUUGACAAACAAACUCCAGGAAGAGCUCUGUGCUGCCUGGACUCUCCUCAACACAACCAGGUUGAAGACAGUGUUACAUAUGCUGGAGUCAGGAUAGGGCACCACAGCGCCACCAACAGGGGGACCUCCAUCCAACCCAAAGAGGACACAGUACUGUAUUCUGACGUCAGAAUUAAGAACAAACGAAGAAAUAAAUAAUUGAAAUAGAAAAUAAAUAAGUUGUGCAGUCUUCCCACAUUUAAAGCUUUUUUAAAAUUUUUUUAUUUUUUUUUAUUUUCAGUGUCCCAGCUUAAGUCAUUUCAGUCAAUUUAAGUCUUUUGUUUAUAGUGUAAGAGGAUGGGUCCAAGGGGAAAAGUAGGUCAAAGAGGGAGACAGGUGUGUGGGGAUCAUUCCAUUGUGGAGGGCGACCGACACGGUCGCACUGCAUACACAAAUGCAUGCUGAAUAUGCCGAAAAUCUGCAAAUAAAAGAAAUGAAACACAGUACGGACUACGUGAGUUUUUGUAUAUUAAUUUGGUGUGAGUCAAGAAGCGGACGCCCUGAUGCACUGACCUCCACAAUCACACCAAAGAGUGAUCAACAGCACAAGUCACAAAGGACUCCCCUGGACGAGAUCCUCACACAAAACUGAAUUGAGUUAUUUUGAAAAAUAAUUCUCAUUCUUUUCAUUCAUUUUUGCCUAAAAACCCACUGAUUAACCAGAUGUUUUUGUGAUCAGAUUGAUUUUGUGCUAGUAAACAAUAACAGACACCAAAGAUCCUCUAUCUGAAAAACUACAAAGGAGUUUAGAAAAGUUCCUGUGUAUUUUAAACCAGUCAACACACUGAGACAGAAACUGGUUCAUCACAAGGAUGAGACGCCAACACAAAAACAGACCUUCACCUUUAUAUUCACUUGAUAUUGACUGUAGGACAGAAGGAUGCAGUGAGCAGGACGUUGGGAAGAGCAAACAACCACUACAGAAAAGACUGUAUCAACAUAAAAGACAUUUAAAGUCUGGAGUCCACGUUAAUACUGUCGAGCAGAUGGAGCAGAGAGAAGGGCUGGUUUGAAAAAGUGAAGGAAACUAUUAUUGUGCAGAAAGAGAAUCUCCCUUUCUUCCUUACCGCAGUGGUCUUGGGUGCACACCAGGACACUGUUAAACCAUCUGUACCCAUUGUUUUUCCUCCAACAAACUUUAAAGGAAU